CUUUUUUUCAGUGCGAGCCGAGCGAGCGGCCGAGGCGGGCGGUGAGAGGUAGGAUGCGGGCAGCCAACGGGCUCUGGGCGGCGCUGGCCUUGAUCCUGCUCCCUGGGGAGAGCCACGCUCUGCGGGAAGGAGACUGCGAAGUGUGUGUUUCAUUCUUGGGAAGAUUCUACCAGAGCCUAAAGGAGAAGAAUGUUGAGUUCACACCAAACAGUAUUGAAAAGGAACUUUUAAAAUCCUGUAAAGAAGCAAAAGGCAAAGAGAAUCGUCUGUGCUAUUACAUUGGAGCAACCAGUGAUGCAGCCACUAAAAUAACUAAUGAGGUGUCAAAACCCCUAAGUAAUCACAUCCCUGUUGACAAGGUUUGCGAGAAACUGAAGAAGAAAGAUAGUCAGAUCUGUGACCUGAAAUAUGAUAAACAGAUUGACUUGAGCACUGUGGACCUGAAGAAACUGAGAGUCAAAGAACUGAAGAAGAUUCUAGAUGACUGGGGUGAAACAUGCAAAGGCUGUGCAGAAAAGUCUGAUUACAUUCGGAAAAUCAAUGAACUGAUGCCUCAGUAUGCACCAAAAGCAGCCAGUUCACGGACAGACCUCUGACCACCAUAGUGGCCUCUAGAUCAUUAGCAAAUCACACACAAACUAUGUUAAUCUUUCUAUUUUCUUUUCUGGAAAGUUGUUUUUGUAACUUAUUUAACUGGGUUUCAAGUGUCAAAGUGAAGCGGUUCUUGCAAUGCUGGUUCAACUGCCUCGUUCUGUCUCAAGUUUUAAUUUCUUUUGUCUCCAAUUUAUGUUUAAGACAUCAACGUAUGUAUGGGAUUUUUGAAAUAAAAGUUAAGAAAGCCA